AUGACUGAUAGCCAAAUUCAUUUGUCCUACUUUAUCUGCGGACCGGUCUUUAUACUAAUGGUAUUUAUAUAUUUUUACUACUGGUAUCUAAAUGUCCGCGAGUGUCGAAGAUCCCGGGGGCGUGAGCUGCCGCCUUCUUCACUUGACGAUAUCUCUGAGGAACGACUGGAAGUCUAUUGACAAAGCGCUUGGAUUCGAGUUAAUGUGAAUCACUGCACAGUGGAAAAUAAUAACAUGAUAGCUUUAUUUAAGCAUUUAAAAAUUACGGGUACAAAAAACAUUG